AUGAGUUUGUUGUUGCGGAGUUUUGGAACUCAUAUACACUUAUACAUAUUUAUUGUGAAAUGUUUGGAGGAAAUAGGGAUAGUUUAUCCUUCCGUUUCUCUGUUCGAUCUUAUUUUUAUGUUGUUUUGUUGCCAACGAUGCUGCUUCCACGCACCUUUCUUUUUUAUUGGUUGCUGCAUUUGGAAAAUGCAGACAGAUGAGGGGGGCCCUAUGCUGCAAUUUUUUUCUUUUUGUGUUUCUUCCGUUUAUCACAUUACUUUUUUUUUUUCGUUUUUAUUUUUUAGCGCACCGUCGUGGCAAGUUUUCGAGGUUUUCUAA